CUCCUAAAACCCAACCCAGAUUUCUUCCCCUCCCCCGCCCUGUCCCACGACCGGCCCUUCGCGGGUGCCUAAGCUCCGCCCCUGCCCGAGGCGGGGCCCCAUAGGUGGAGAGACGUGGGAGAGGUCGUGGCCCCGCCUCUCCCCUCCUCCCCCUACACACACGGAAGCUCUGUGGCCCCCACGCCAGGAUGUCCGACACCUGGGUCCCAGGCCUCGUACCCACCUUGCUGCUCAGCCUGCUGGCUGGCCCCCAACAGGUGAGCGCUUGGGAGGCUGCAGCCAAAUGUGGUCUCUUCUUCACCUGCCCCAGAGGAUUCAAAUGCUGUGGUGACAGCUGCUGCCAGGAGUAUGAGCUCUUCUCCAGUCCCCUGAGGAUCUUCGUCAUCACCUUCCUCAUCAUCCUCCCCCUCCUGUGCAUCUGCUGUCUCGCUAAGCGGUUCUGUCGCAGCUGCAGAGAACAGGAGCAGGACCCCCCAGCGGAUCACCAGGGGCCCCCGGAGCCGCCCUCCAUCGCCCCCCCAGAGAGGGUCAGGACGUCCACCUCUGAGCCCCCACCCCCCUACAGCGAGAUUAUUCUGAAGCCCGUCCUGCCCCCCAUGGAGCCGCCCCCUCCCUACAGUGCCAGGCCUGAAGAAUAUUCUGGGAUGCCCAGGGGCAUCGACAACCCAGCCUUCUGAGCCACCUCCUGCCUGGAGCUACGACAUCAUCGGCCACCUCCUCCCCAGUGCUUCCUGGAUCAAGCCAGAGACUCUUGGGACCCCCGUGAUGCCCCCAUCCGUCCUGCCAUGUCUCUUGCUGUUCUUGGUUUUAACUUAUUGCUUUUCCCGCUCCACCACCAGCCGCCUCUGUUGUCCUGAGUGCCGGUCAGAAGUGUCAGCGGCCAGCCCCCCACCCCCAUCCCAAGUGAGAGGCUGCCAGGAGGAACAUGUCAAUGCUUGGAGGUGCCUGACAAUAGAAUGGGCCACUCUGGGGAGCGGAGAGAACCCCAUUUCUGGGGGGUAUACAAAUCCUGGCUGGGCAGCCAGCUCCGAGAUAUUAUAGAGGGCACUCCUGUUUCGUGCGCGAUUGGACUGCGUGGGCUCUGAGCCACCCCCGGGUCUACCUGAAUAGGGAAGACCCCAUUGCCCCCUACCCCCAAACGUGUACUCACUAAAUC